AUGACAGAGAACGUAGUUUGCACUGGGGCAUUUCAUGCUGCGAAGGAAGUUUGGGAAGAAAGAAUAAAGAAACACAAUGAAGAUCUGAAGCGAGAGAAGGAAUUUCAACAGAAACUAGUCCGGAUUUGGGAAGAACGAGUAAGUUUAACAAAACUAAAAGAAAAGGUCAACAGAGAAGAUGGAAGACUCGUUUUGAAGAUAGAAAAAGAAGAAUGGAAGACUCUCCCUUCUUCUUUACUGAAACUCAAUCAACUACAGGAAUGGCAACUUCAUAGAACUGGUUUGUUGAAAAUUCCUGAAUUCAUUGGACGGUUCCAGAAUCUCAUUGUGCUAGAUUUAUCUCGAAAUACAAUUUCAGAGAUACCAAGAGGAAUUGGACUACUUACUAGACUUCAGGAACUGAUUCUUAGCUACAACAAAAUCAAAACUGUCCCCAAGGAACUAAGUAAUUGUGCCAGCUUGGAGAAACUAGAACUGGCUGUCAACAGAGAUAUAUGUGAUCUUCCACAAGAGCUCAGCAAACUGUUCAAACUCACUCACCUCGAUCUGAGUAUGAACCAGUUUACUACCAUCCCUCCCGCUGUGUUGAACAUGCCUGCGCUUGAGUGGCUAGAUAUGGGAAGCAACAGACUUGAGCAACUUCCUGAAACCAUAGAAAGAAUGCAAAAUCUACAUACAUUAUGGCUACAGAGGAAUGAAAUAACAUGCUUACCAGAAGCAAUCAGCAACAUGAAAAAUCUGGGUACUCUUGUUCUCAGCAAUAAUAAAUUGCAAGAUAUUCCAGCAUGCAUGGAAGAAAUGGCAAAUCUGAGGUUUGUCAACUUCAGAGACAACCCACUGAAACUGGAAGUAACACUUCCUCCCAGUGCAUGCACAGAUGAAGAGGAAGAACAGGAACUAUUUGGCCUUCAGUUUAUGCAUACAUACAUACAGGAGUCACGGAAAGCAGAUCAGCAAGUCAACUGUUCAACUGCUUUAUUAAUGUCUAUAAAUACUGAUGGAUAA